AAUGUGAUACUUAAUUAUUAAAACAUUUAUUUUAAAAUUUCAGGCUACUUCAUGUAAAUAUAUGUGACCUUGGACCACAAAAUCCAACAAGAUACAACUAUUUGAAAAUCUGGAAUCUGAGGGUGCAAAAAAAUCUAAAUAUUGAGAAAAUUUCCUUUAAAGUUGUCCAAAUGAAGUCCUUGCAUAUUACUAAUCAGAAAUUAAGUUUUGAUAUAUUAAUGGUAGGAAAUUUACAAAAUAUCUUCAUGAAACAUGAUCUUUACUUAAUAUCCUAAUGAUUUUUGGCAUAAAAGAAAAAUCGAUAAUUUUGACCCAUACAAUGUAUUGUUGGUUAUUGCUACAAAUAUACCCGUGCUACUUAUUACUGUAGGUUUUGUGGUCCAGGGUCACAUAUUAGGUGAAAGAUGUUCAGAUAACAAAAAAGUUUGGGAAUGUCUGCAUUGCAUGCAAAUAAGAAAUAAUACAAAUUUGUGCAUUUUUAAAUUGUGCAUUCUUUGUGUGAAUGUCCACAAAACUGGAAGACUUCAUGAAUGUAUAUAAGCGGUAUAGGCUAUUUUAGAAAGGAGCCUUUAAUAGAUAAAAAAGAGGAAUUAGGAAGAAUCAAUCAAUUAUGAAUAAUUUAUUUACAUUGUGUGAAUAAUAUUUAAUCAACUGUAGUCUGAUUGCAAGUAUUUUAAAAUGUAAUUUAAUCGAAUUACAAGUACUUAAAUUUUGAAAUCUGAUUAUGUAAUCCAGAUUACAUGUAAUCAGUUACUACCCAGCUCUGUCCACUAUGUAAGACUAUGUCUAAAGAACUAGUUACUUUUCAGAUUCAAAUUAGGUCAGUCUACUGUACCUUUUUACGUAACUGACUUAAAAAAAGUUAGACCAGUCUUAAGGAAAAAAUUAGGUGACUAACUAUUAAGACUAUAGCUAAAGCAGUUUAUGCAGCUGAAUUUUGUAUUUCAGUUUAACUUUGUCUAAGCAACUUCUCUUUCUUAAUGCAUCAUGGUGGGGGUUUUGUUAUUGUUUGGGUCUCACUGAGCAAUGGAGGACCGUCUGUGCCCAUAAACUUUCAUCAGUUGCAUGAGAGACACUCUGCUGGUACGCCAACGUAUGAUGACAUCAUCUCACCGUGUGGAGAUGAAAGGCUGAUGGAUUAGAGGGGGAGACAAAGAGAGAGAAAUGGAUGGAGAGAGUGGGAGGAAGAGAGUGAGGAAAGAAGAGCUUGAACGUUGAGUCUUUAGUCACCCUUCUCCACGCCCACCGCUACUGUGAUGGAGCAGGAGGAUUGGGGGCGGUGUCAUGGCAACCGUGUGGGAAGCUGUCCGUCACAUGAGCUUUCUACCGAGUUUGGUCCUGAUCUCUCUGUGCAUCAGAAGCCCAGCAGCAGGCGCACACUGCAGGGGGAUUGCUGGGGCUCAACCCCUCCUCCCUCAGGCAUGGAGCAGGGUGACGAGCCCCAGGUCGGGCCCGAGAACACGUGGGACACAACGGGGCACUGCUGUGAUGUGCGUGGCGUGGGAAGAAGUGUCUGUUAAAGAGAUCAGCAUCACACAUCAUGUUAAAGAGGGCUCAGAGAAGGCCGACCCACAGCAGUUUGAGCUCCGGAAGGUGCUUGGACAGGGCUCCUUCGGAAAGGUGUUUUUGGUGAAGAAGACAACAGGCCCGGAUGCAGGACAGCUGUACGCAAUGAAAGUGCUGAAAAAAGCCACCCUAAAAGUACGGGAUCGGGUCAGGACUAAGAUGGAGCGGGACAUCCUGGUGGAGGUUAAUCAUCCCUUUAUUGUUAAGCUACACUAUGCAUUCCAGACUGAAGGAAAGCUUUAUCUCAUUCUGGACUUUUUAAGAGGAGGGGAUCUCUUUACUCGACUGUCAAAAGAGGUGAUGUUCACAGAAGAGGAUGUGAAGUUUUAUCUGGCUGAACUGGCUUUAGCUCUGGACCACCUGCACGGACUAGGCAUCAUCUACAGAGAUCUGAAACCAGAGAACAUUCUCCUGGAUGAGGAAGGCCACAUAAAGCUGACAGAUUUUGGACUAAGUAAGGAGUCGAUCGAUCAUGAAAAUAAAGCAUACUCUUUCUGCGGGACAGUAGAGUACAUGGCUCCGGAGGUGGUGAACAGAAGAGGACACACUUAUAGCGCUGACUGGUGGUCUUACGGUGUACUCAUGUUUGAAAUGCUGACUGGAACGCUGCCUUUCCAAGGCAAGGACCGCAAGGAAACCAUGACUAUGAUUCUAAAGGCGAAGCUUGGAAUGCCUCAGUUUCUGAGUUCAGAAGCUCAGAGUCUCCUCAGGAGCCUUUUCAAACGAAACCCUUCCAAUAGAUUAGGUGCUGGUCCAGAUGGAGUUGAAGAAAUAAAGAGACACCCAUUUUAUGCUACCAUUGACUGGAAUAAAUUAUUUAGAAGAGAGAUUCACCCACCCUUCAAACCAGCUUCUGGCAGACCAGACGACACAUUCUACUUUGACCCAGAAUUUACAGCAAAAACUCCCAAAGACUCUCCAGGUGUACCCCCUAGUGCCAAUGCUAAUCAACUCUUCAGAGGUUUCAGUUUUGUGGCCAUCACCUCAGAAGAAGAGUCUCAACCCUUGCAGAGCAACAGUGUGAGCUCUAUAGUUCAGGUAUACACACAGCAGCUCAACAGAAACGUGUCUCAGUUCAAUGACGCAUAUGAGGUGAAGGAGGAUAUCGGAGUUGGCUCAUAUUCCAUCUGCAGACGCUGCAUACAGAAAAGCACAGGCAUGGAGUAUGCAGUGAAGAUAAUCAAUAAAGCUAAACGGGAUCCAACGGAUGAGGUGGAAAUUCUGUUACGCUAUGGACAGCAUCCAAAUAUAAUCACCUUGAAAGACGUGUACGACGAUGGCCGCUCAGUGUAUUUGGUGACAGAACUGCUGAAGGGAGGGGAACUGCUGGAUAAGAUCCUCAGACAGAAGUUCUUCUCGGAGCGGGAGGCCAGCGCUGUGCUGUACACCAUCACAAAGACUGUGGAGUACCUGCACACUCAAGGGGUGGUUCACAGGGAUCUGAAGCCCAGUAAUAUCCUUUAUGUUGAUGAAUCUGGGAAUCCCGAGUCCAUCCGGAUCUGUGACUUCGGCUUUGCCAAGCAACUGAGAGCGGAAAAUGGACUGCUGAUGACGCCCUGUUACACUGCCAACUUUGUGGCCCCAGAGGUGCUGAAGAAACAGGGUUAUGAUGCUGCCUGUGAUAUCUGGAGCUUAGGCGUCCUUUUGUACACAAUGAUAACUGGAUUUACUCCAUUUGCUAAUGGCCCAGAGGACACACCGGAGGAGAUUCUAGCUCGAAUCGGCAGUGGGAAGUUUUCUCUCACAGGCGGAUACUGGAGCUCUGUUUCACUUGAGGCAAAGGACUUGGUGUCUAAGAUGUUGCAUGUAGACCCCCAUCGGAGACUAACAGCUGCACAGGUGUUGAAACAUCCCUGGAUCCUUCACAGAGACCAGCUCCCUAAAUACCAGCUAAACAGACAGGACGCCCCCCAUCUGGUUAAGGGGGCGAUGGCUGCUACGUACUCUGCCUUGAAUAGGAACGUUCCUCCCAUGCUGGAGCCAGUGGGCUGUUCUAUUCUGGCUCAACGUAGAGGAGUGAAAAAACUGACCUCCACUGCUUUAUGAGCAAAUACCUUCCACCUCCAACCCCCUGACCUCUAGCUUGGUUUGAGCACAGCCUGAACUCGGCUUGCUUGCUGCCCACCAUGCAUCAAGGCCUUAGAGCCAAGUGUAGAUUCUGAGGACCCCUGGUGGACAAUCAAAAUCUUCCUUCACUGGUUACUACGAGGGCCAAUAAAAACGGUUCGGCCUGUACAAUCACACCUCUGCCUCUAAACGCAAACCAAUGAAGAAUCUGUGGACUAUUCCGGAGGAGCAAAUUACCUGAGUGUAUGAAUAUAAACAUACUGUAUCUCAGUCAUUAUAAAAAGUAUAAAAAUGUAUUCAGGGAGGAUGUGGAUUUUAGAGGGUGACAACAAAUUCCUGCACCAAAGUGUGCGCACAGUUGCGAAAAGCUCCAGUUGUAUGGGGAUGUUGUAUACGGGAUACGUUCCUGUCAGGCUGACACUGAAUAUUCAAAUUAUAUCCUGUUCUGGCUUAUUAUUUUACAUCAUUAACGCCACAUUGCAUAUUUAAGUCCCACCAAACCUGGCGUAUCCCAGCAAACCUUGUUCUCCAGUCAUUUUAGGACAGUGAACUAGGACAGACUCCCUCAGCAGAUCCACACAAGAUAAUAAGACGAGUCCAAAUGUUUAUAUGACCGCUGCUGGCGUUAACUUAGCGUUCUUUUUACAAAAUGACAAUGUGAACGAGGUCCAAAGCACAAAAAUGCAGUGGAGGCCUACAUGUAAACGGCACAGAAUGUCAAAUAGAGAACUCAGGUGAAACGCAAUACAUUAUACAAAAAAAAAAAAAAAAAGCUGGGACGGAAAUGUAUACAGCUGUAUCGCCUCACCUAAAACCUGCUGACCUGUUUAUUUGUUUGGAUGUAGGGAAGUACAGAAAAGCUCAGAGAUAUAUAUGUAGUGACUUUUUUUAAGUGACUACUUACAGCCUUGACAUAUUUUUAUAAAUGUGCAUGGGCAAGAUGCUAUAUUAGCUAGUAGCUCUGUGGAAGUGGGCAUGACUGAGGAUGUUUUCCCCCUUUAAUAUCUUUUUUUAAUUCUUAUAAUUCCUUGCAGGUUUUUUUUUUUUUUUUUUUUUUUUUGGAGCAAGUUUAAAUAUGUUGUACAUUUUUCUUUUCAUCUCAGUUGUAUUUUUCCCGUCUUUGACUUGGAAGAGUGCUGGAAAUGUUGCUGUCCAUAUAGCAAGCUGCUAUCCUGUUCUUUCUUUUGUACAUGUAGAAAAUAAAGUUUGCCAUUUUUACA